AUCCUCAAUCUCAGCCUCCUGAGUAGCUAGGAUUACAGGUGUCAGCCUGGCUUGACUUUUUUAAUCUGUUGCAGUCUCCUUGGUCUAAAUCAGAGAGAUUGGCAUAGGCUCUUAAAGAAAUUGUGAAAUCUGUAGGAAAUUACAUUUUAGUAACUAAACAAGCCCCUGUAAAUGCAAUCCACUUGGUUGAGUGCUUUGUUGAAAUUUUCCAUUUGGGGUAAAGUUUAAGCCUUGGUUUAGUCAGGUGAUAGCACCAAGUGGUCGGCACAAGAUGGCACCAGUGAGCUAUAAAAGGUCUACUUCCCUUUGGCCUUCCAAUCUUCCAGCUUCAAGUCAGAAAAAUCUGUUGUAUUACUGCUGGAAAGGGAAAUGGUGAAGGGUGCCAGCUCAGAGCCUUCUCAAGCAGGGUUGUUUUCCCAGGGGUCCUCUGGUGUCUCUACCUCUCAAAGCCUGUCCCUUUCCUGUAUGGCUGACUGCCCAGCCUCUGCCUUCCAUGCUACAGUCCUCUCCUGAGGAGCCAGAGGCCCAGAUUGGAGGUGGUUAAGGCUUUGGCUCCCAUGCUUGGGGGCCAUCUGUGUUUGAUCAGGCCAGGCUGGAGGAGGGGUGGGGGUUGUAAAGAGACUGAAAACAUUCCAGAGGAGUGAGACCCAGAGAUCAGAAAGGAAGGCCCGCCCACCCCGCCUCCAAAGCCAAGCACAGGCCUGAAGGAAGAGCCCACACUCCUCUGGCCCCACUUCCAGGCAGCCAUGGCGCGCUUCUCUCCAGUCCUCCUCCUGCUCCUGCUGUGGUCCGAGCCCCUCAGAGGACAGCAGCACCACCUUGUGGAGUACAUGGAACGCCGGCUCGCUGCCUUAGAGGAGCGCCUGGCCCAGUGCCAGGACCAGAGCAGCAGGCAUGCUGCUGAGCUGCGGGACUUCAAGAACAAGAUGCUGCCACUGUUGGAGGUGGCAGAAAAGGAACGGGAGGCACUCAGAACGGAGGCUGACACUAUCUCGGGGCGAGUGGACCGCCUUGAGCGGGAGGUGGACUAUCUAGAGACUCAGAACCCAGCCCCUCCUUGUGUAGACCUCCAUGAGAAGGUGACUGAAGGCCCAGGGGCCAAAGGCAAGAGCCGGAGAAAUGAGAAAUACGACAUAGUGACUGAUUGUGACUACACAGUGGCCCAAGUGAGGUCAAUGAAGAUCCUGAAGAGGUUUGGAGGUCCUGCAGGCACAUGGACCAAGGACCCCCUAGGACCAGCAGAGAAGAUCUAUGUGUUAGAUGGGACCCAGAAUGACACAGCCUUGGUCUUCCCAAGGCUCCGUGACUUCACCCUUACCAUGGCUGCCCGGAAGGCUUCCCGAAUCCGGGUGCCCUUCCCCUGGGUAGGCACAGGGCAGCUGGUGUAUGGUGGGUUCCUUUAUUAUGCCCGGAGACCUCCGGGAGGACCUGGAGGCGCGGAUGAUCUGGAGAAUACUUUACAGCUCAUCAAGUUCCACCUGGCAAACCGAACUGUGGUGGACAGCUCGGUCUUCCCUGCAGAAGGAUUGAUCCCCCCAUAUGUGCUCUCAGCAGACACCUACAUUGACCUGGCAGCCGAUGAGGAGGGCCUGUGGGCCGUUUAUGCCACCCAGGAGGAUGCCAGGCACUUGUGUCUAGCCAAGUUAGAUCCACAGACCCUGGACACAGAGCAGCAGUGGGACACACCAUGUCCCAGAGAGAAUGCUGAGGCUGCCUUUGUCAUCUGUGGGACCUUAUAUGUCGUCUACAACACCCGCCCUGCCAGCCGGGCCCGCAUUCAGUGCGCUUUUGAUGCCAGUGGUACCCUGACACCUGAGCGGGCAACUCUCUCCUACUUUCCCCGUCGAUAUGGUGCCCACGCCAGCCUCCGCUAUAACCCUCGCGAGCGCCAGCUCUACGCCUGGGAUGAUGGCUACCAACUUGUCUAUAAGUUGGAGAUGAGGAAGAAAGAGGAGGAGGUCUAGCCUUAUUUCUUUGAAGCUCUUAUCCCUACACAUUUUCAUUCCUGCUAGAUUUCCUGCUGCUCAUUCAUCAAAUAUAGGCAAGUUGUGACUCCAAUCCCCUACUUAAAAAAAAAAAAAAUUGCACCUGAAUUUUUUGUUUUGUUUUUGUUUUUAG